AUGGACGAGAGUCUUGCUAUUAUAGCCCAUCUACGCGGUUCUCAUCUACAGGUGCAUAUGGAUGAGUUUUUACGAGCCAAAUCCCGUUUCUUUCAUCUUUUAAAUCUCCGUGAGAUCUUUUGGAAGCAACGUGCCAAGCAAUUUUGGCUUAAAGAGGGUGAUGCUAAUACUCGAUUUUUCCAAAGUGCUACUUCUGCUUGGAAACGAAAAAAUACAAUUGUUAAACUGCUGGAUGACUCGAACUGUGUUCCGCUAUUGAUGUCACAUGAUCAGAAUGCAUCUCUUUUAGCUCCUUACAGUUGUGACAAGGUAAAAUCUGCAGCUUUUUCUAUGAAAAUUGAUAAAUCUCCUGGGUUAGAUGGUUUCAAUCCUGAUUUUUUUCAGCAUUAUUGGGAUAUUAUUGGUGGGGAUGUGUCUCGGUUUUGUAUUGAUUGCUUGCAUUCAGGGUCUCUUCCCUCAAAAUUGAAUGAGACUACUUUAGUUUUGAUACCUAAGAAGGGUGUCCCUGAGCGAAUGAGUGAUUUGCGGCCUAUUGCCCUCUGUAAUAUGGUUUAUAAGAUCAUGACCAAGAUGAUAGUUAACCAGCUUAAGUCCAUCUUGCCGCCUAUUGUCUCGGAAAGUCAGAGCGCUUUUAUUUUUGGGCGCAGCAUUCAGGACAAUAUAAUCUUAGCUUUUGAGGCUAUGCAUGGAUUUAAUAUGUUUCAUCGAAAGAAAGAGUUAUCUGGGGCCCUUAAAAUGGACAUCAGCAAAGCCUAUGAUAGACUGGAGUGGGAUUUCAUUCGUGACAUGCUCAUCCGUAUGGGGGAAAUCGGCCCUAUCUUACCGACGAGGGGACUGAGGCAAGCGGAUCCCUUGUCGCCUAAUUUAUUCAUUCUUUGUGCUGAGGAGCUAUCCCGCCUUCUGCAAGACAGUAUAAACCAUGGCAGUCUUCAUGGAGCAAAUGUUCAAGAGGCGUUGGAACUCAAGCGUAUUCUUCGCAUCUAUGAGAAUGCAUCUGGACAAUUGGUUAACUUUCAAAAAUCAUCUGUUUCUGUCAGCAAGUAUACUCCUGUGGCUCUUCGGGAUUCUAUCUGUUCAGUGCUUCAGGUUGAGGAGAAGCCGGAUUUGGGUAAUUAUUUGGGACUCCCUUCUCAUGUUGGUAGUAAUAAGAGGGAAGUGUUCAGUUUUGUUAAGGAUCGUUUGUGGAAGCGGCUGAAUUCAUGGAAGCAUCGUGCGCUGUCCCAAGCAGGUAAAGAGCGUAUGAUGACCCGGUAUUGGUGGAGUAAGGGUGCUGAUCAAAAUUGUGGUAUUCACUGGUUGGGUUGGCAUAGAAUGGCGAAGCACAGACUGGAAGGUGGGUUAGGGUUUAAAUCGCUCUAUGAGUUUAACUUAGCGAUGCUUGCUUCUUUGGGUCACAAUCCUAGCUUUUUGUGGCGUAGUAUAUGGGCGAAUCGGAGUCUAGUUAAAGCUGGUGCUUAUUGGAGAAUUGGGAAUGGCAAGUCAGUUUAUAUUUGGUCUCACCCUUGGUUGAAAGAGACGCCCGACUCAUUGGUUUCUACACCCCCUCCUCCGAACUGUACUCUUUCUGUUGUUGCAGAUCUUAUGAUCGGCCAUAGAUGGAAUGAAAGUUUAAUAGCUCAGUUGUUCAAUGACAGAGAUAGGAGUUGUAUUUUGAACAUCCCUCUAAGUCUUUCUUCGCGCCUAGAUGCGUGGUGCUGGAAGUUUGCGUCCAAGGGUCACUAUUCUGUCAAGAGUGCUUACAGAUUUCUGUCCAGGAGAGUUCCGGUUGAUUCGAUGUGUCCGUUAUAUCAUGAGGCUCCUGAGACUGUCUUCCAUAUUCUUGUUCAAUGUUCUUUUGCCCGCAGUUGCUGGUUGAGUUUGCCUUUGGGUUGGCCUGCAUUCCCCGCUGCCUCUCUUAGGGAGUGGUUCUCUUUAGCCUUCCUUACUGCUUCUGCGGAGAAUGCUUCCCUUAUUCUAAUGAUAUGUUGGGCUUUGUGGCAUAACAGAAAUAAUGUUGUUUGGAAAGCUCAGGGUCGAAUUGCGAGUGGUGUGUUCUUCAUGGCACUGAAUUUUUUGCAACAAUGGAGGGGGGCCUGUUCUGAUUCUACCAGCUGCACCAAUGUUGUGUCGGCUUUGACUGUCUGGUCUCCGGAUUAA